CUGCGCAAUAUCCUAACUCGGGUUGGCAGAACCACGCAGCCACCCUAGUACCGGCCACCGUCCCGGAGACAAUGGUACCUGCAUCGAUCCAGAAAGCAAAGGGUCUUACUUCGCGAGCAGUCAAUAGUGACUAUCCGGGACUAUUAUUGCAACCAGAUGCUUCGCCUAUAUCUUUGGAGCAACUUGCAGCGGAGAUCAAAGGCAUAUAUGCCGGUCUCGUAAUGGUAGAAGCGAAGUGUAUGAGUAUCGAUAAAGCUCAAGCCGAUGACCUAAAGUCUCACCUAGAUCCGGAGCAGUGGCAGGCAUUGAUUGCCCUUCACCGGACUCUGCUUUAUGAGCACCAUGAUUUCUUAAUGGCAACUCAGCAUCCGUCCGCGACGGAGGCGCUUCGUGGACUGGCAACCAAGUAUAGCAUGCCAGCUAGAAUGUGGCGGCACGGCAUUCAUGCCUUUCUGGAAGUGCUGAGACAUCGUCGCCCGGCAUCGCAGGAUUAUAUGCUCUCAUUCAUCUACCUGGCGUAUCAGAUGAUGGCCUUGCUGCUCGAAACGGUGCCUAGCUUUACGGACACCUGGAUCGAAUGCCUUGGAGACCUUGCAAGGUAUCGUAUGGCGAUUGAAGAGGAAAAAGAAGCUCACGCUACAUGGGGCGGUGUGGCGGCGCGCUGGUAUACGCUGGCAUCUGACCGACAUCCAGCGAUUGGACGACUUUACCACCACCUCGGGAUUCUU